UGUUGUAGUUGCAGCAGUUGUUGCAGCAGUAGUGGCAGGUGCAGCAGUUGUUGCAGCGGCAGUUGUAGGUGUUGCAGUUGUAGUUGCAGCACUUGUUGCAGCAGUAGUGGGAGGUGCAGCAGUUGUUGCAGUGGAAGUUGUAAGUGCUGCAGUUGUAGUUGCAGCACUUGUUGCAGCAGUCGUGGCAGGUGCAGUAGUUGUUGUAUCGACAGUUGUAGGUGCAGCAGUGGUUGGAGGUGCAGCAGUGGUAGGUGCAGCAGUUGUAGUUGCAGCAGUUGUAGUUGCAGCAGUUGUUGCUGCAGUAGUGGCAGGUGCAGCAGUUGUACUUGCAGCAGUAGUGGCAGGUGCAACAGUUGUUGUAGCGGCAGUUGUAGGUGCUGCAGUUGUAGUUGCAGCACUUGUUGCAGCAGUAGUGGCAGGUGCAGCAGUUGUUGCAGCGGCAGUUGUAGUUGCAGCAGUUGUUGCAGCAGUAGUUGGAGGUGCAGUAGUUGUUGGUGCAGCUGUUGUAUUUGCAGCAGUUGUUGCAGCAGUAGUUGUAGGUGCAGUAGUUGUCGGUGCAGCAGUUGUUGCAGCGGUAGUUGUCGGUGCAGCUGUUGUAGGUGCAGCAGUUGUUGCAGCGGUAGUUGUAGGUGCAGUAGUUGUUGGUGCAGCUGUUGUAGGUGCAGCAGUUGUUGCAGCGGUAGUUGUAGGUGCAGUAGUUGUAGGUGCAGUAGUUGUCGGUGCAGCUGUUGUAUUCACAGCAGUUGUUGCAGCGGUAGUUGUAGGUGCAGUAGUUGUUGGUGCAGCUGUGGUAGGUGCAGCAGUUGUUGCAGCGGUAGUGGAAGGUGCAGUAGUUGUAGGUGCAGUAGUUGUCGGUGCAGCAGUUGUAUUUGCAGCAGUUGUUGCAGCAGUAGUUGUAGGUGCAGUAGUUGUAGGUGCAGUAGUUGUCGGUGCAGCAGUGGUGGCAGCAGUAGUGGCAGGUGCAGCAGUGGUAGGUGA